AUGGAUUCCAUUGGCUCCCCCCGCGGGGCUUCCUCCGACGAGCUCGACCGCAAUAAUGACGCCGUUGACGCCUCUCACGACCAGCCGCCCAAGGCCCUUCCAGACGACCUACCCAAGUCCCUCGACGAUCGACGGUCCAUGCCCGUCAUUCCGCAGGAGACGGAGAUGUACGAUGCUUGGCAAGGCCAAUCCCAAUUCCUCACAACCCCCGUCGCGGCGAAACCGCUCAGCUUCAGUCUCGCCCUCGACGACCACUCCCACGACGACGAGCACAGCCUCCAGGCCCAGUACGGCCGCGGGCUCGGCGCCGCCGCCGCCGCCGCCGACGAUGAUAACGAGUCCACCGUCACGGCGCGGCUGGAGGACAGCGAUGCACGGCUGAUGGAGAUGCUGGCGGCGCAGGCGGCCCAUCGCGAGGUGGAGUCGCUCGGCGCGGAUGAGGACGCCAUCGCGUCGGACGAGAAGCUCUCCGAGUCCGAGAAGAAGGAUAUCUUACAAAGGAGCUUGAAUAUGGCUGCCAGCAACGGGGACGUGGAUCGCGUGCAUAAACUGGUCCAGGGCAAGGCGAAGGACUACGUCGAUGUGAAUAUGCCCGAUGAGGAGGGCACGGUGCCGUUGAUCUACGCUAGCUGUUUUGGACAUCAAGAUGUGGUCUCGGCGCUGCUCGACGCAGGCGCCAACGUCGACCAGCAGGACCGCAACCAGUGGAGCGCGUUGAUGUGGGCCAUGACCAACCGCCACAAGACCAUCGCUAAGAUCCUCCUCGACCAUGGCGCAUCCCCUGAUAUCAAGUCGACCUCCGGGGGCACGGCGUUUGACUUUGCGCAGCCCGGCAGCGAGAUCUCCGAGUACCUGCAUGAGAACGGGUACAGCUUUGGACCUAGUGCUAUCGAGGAUGAUUUCUACGACUCUGGGUUCAGCCACGGCCGGUUUGAGGAGGAGAUUGCGGAGAACGAGAUGAAGCGCCGCAUGAUGAUGGAGGAGAGCGCGAUCAAUUUGGAGGUGGAUCUGUCGAGCCUGGGGCUUGAUGAGAAGUUCGACCAGUCCCUAGAUGAAGAAUUGGAGGAGGACCAGCAGGAAUUUGUGUGGGAUCGGUGCCUGAAUGAUCAGAUGUUUGUUUUCCAAGAGCAUGAGCUGGAGCGGAUCCUCGAUAUCAUCAUCACAAACAUGACGCCCCAAAGAUCGCCAUCGCAGAAACCGGUUCCUGCAAAUCUUCUGUUCCUCAGCGCGCGCUACGCACACUACCACGCUAGUCCGGAAUUGCUUGCGACGCUGUUGGUAUCGGCAACAGACAAGAUCAACGACGUGGUGGAGCGUCACCAGUGGGACAUGACGAUUCUGGCGUUCUGGAUGUCGAACGCGACGCUGCUGCUACAUUAUUUGAAGAAGGACGGAGGCUUGGUGGAAUCAACCGUCGAAUUCCAGCUCCACCUGGCGGAGCUUAUCAAUGAGAUUUUUAUCCUGAUUAUCGGCGAUGCUGAGCGCCGGAUGAACAAGGUGUUGGAUGCCGCCAUGCUGGACCAUGAGACGAUCCCGGGCCUGGAAGAUGUCCAUUUCCAGAACGAGUGGAAGCUGUUCCGGUCCAAGAACAAGGCCAAGACCCCCGAACCAGCAGAGAAACGCUUUCGACCCCCCUCCCCUCGACGGCGGGCGCAGGUGUCGCCGCGGAAUAUCACCUCUCUCCUCUCGUCGACGCUCUUUGUGCUCGACCUCUACGAUGUCCACUCUGUCAUUACGACGCAGAUCCUCUCGCAGCUGUUUUAUUGGCUGGGAGCAGAGCUCUUCAACCGCAUCAUGACCACCAAACGAUACCUGGCGCGGACGAAAGCGAUGCAGAUCCGCAUGAACGUGUCGACGCUGGAGGAUUGGGCACGCAAUAACAACCGGCAACCGGAACACUAUGAGAACGGAUCGACCACGUGUACGGGGGAGAGUACGAUGGACGCGGCGCGGAAACAUCUGGCGCCGGUGAUCCAGCUGCUCCAGUGGCUGCAAUGCUUUUCGUCGCUGGGCGAAGAUUUUGAGUCGCUGGUGACGACGCUGCUUCAACUGCAGCAACUGACGCCGGCGCAACUGCUGCAUGCGGUGAAAUCGUACCGGCCGGAGGUGGGCGAGAAGGGGCUGACCAAGCCGGCGAUGAAGUUCCUGAUCGAUCUCCAGCGAGACCCCGAGCUUCUCUUCCGGGAACAUGCGAAACUCCAGGGCGCGAAAGCGACGGCAGGCGGAGCGACGGAGGGACGGCCUCAAACGCCGCCUUCGAAUGCCUCUGCGACAGAGCCGUCGACGGAGGCUCCGGACACGCCCGAGGCGUCGACCACGCGGACGUCCAUGUCGAUUGCGUCCCCGGCGUCCAUGGCGCAGUCGGAGCGGAAUGGCGGAAAUGGGAUUUUCUUGGAUCCGUCGUUGACCCUGCCGUUUUCCCUGCCGACGAGUACGGACAUGUUGAUUAGUUACGGGGCGGGCUGGGGAGGGACGAAUCGCGAACGGGCGCGCAAGUAUAUUCCGACAGUGCCGGCAGAGGUGCUGAGUCGGCAUAUUGUGAGCGUAUGGAGUACCAGUAGUCAGCUAUUCUCUGAUAAGACCUGCCUAAAACAGACUAGAGUAAGCAUUUCCCCUUUGGGCCAUUUGGAGACGUUGGUGACGACGGAGUACGGGGGCCCAUGCUUGCGGCGUCUCAUCACCUCACCGUCGCAACCACAACCAUGUCUCCUUACUCCCGUCUUUCGCUCCCGCCGCGUCGAUUAUGCCGUUCCUCUUUCUCCUUCCGUCUUCGACGGCAGCAUGCUGAACGCCCGCCGCCAGAGCGCCCGCCUCCAGAACGGACUUCCCGGUCCCCAUGACUACAUCGCUCACGCGUCCGUUCCCACUCCACGGCCCUCCCCGCCUCCUCUUGUGCCUGGCCUCUCCGCGAACCCCUCGAUGGAGUCCUCGCGCGCGGGACUCCCUCCUCCUUCGUCCCUGGCAUUACCGCCCCCGGACGUCGGCUUCACAACCAUGAACGCCGUGAACCAGUCGCUCCCGCCUCCGCCGCCCCAGCGACAGAACUCCGACCCCUCCUUUUAUUCCUGGCUCGAAUCCAAAACGGAGGAAGACCGGAGGAGGCAGGAGGAAGAGAAGACGCGCCAGGAGUCCCUGCGCUUGGAACAGCGGAAGAUCGAGCAGAGUAUGCUCCGCGAUUCCUUGCAGGCCGGCGUCCCGCCGCAUCUGAUCCCGCUCAUCUUCGCCGGCAUCAGCCAAGGCGGCGUGCCCCAGUGCGUCCUCGAUCUGACCCAGCAGUACAUGCCUCAACCUGCGGCGGGUGCCCGCGGCCCGGCGACACCUCUGCUGAACGCUGCCCACCCUCUUCCACGGCACGUCUCUCAUGUGCGCCAGGACUCCCGUUCGCUGCCUUCCAACCCAUACGCAGCGGCCCCUCCUCCACAGCCUGUGUCUGGCCCCGGCGUGCUCUUGUCGCAGCCCCUCCACCCCCCGGGAGCAUCGCCUACGAUGCACUCCCUCAGUAGACCCCCCUUGCCGAGUAACUCUACGGACCCUAGGCCUCCGGGUGCACCCACAGCCCGAGCCAUCCCCGGCGAUGCGCAGCCUCCGCCGCCCUCCAUCAACCUGAGCAAUGUGCAGUACGCACCGGGCUCGUCCGUCCCAUCAGCCCAGCACGGUCCCAGUCGACACGACGGGCCCCCGCGCCAGUCCCCGCCGUCUCUAUACUUCCACCACUGGAUCCCCCCAAACCAGUCGCAUCACCCCGCGGCCAAGUCCCAGCAGGAUCCCUCCACGGCCCCGCCUCCGCGUCGCUCAGAGUAUCAAAGCCCGCCGGGACCGGGCCGCAAACGAAAAUCGACUAGUUCGCAUCAUCCUCCGCCGCCCCUACCGUCGUCGCGUCCGCCCGAGACCCUCAGCUCCCAUCCCUCCCGUCCAGCAUCGCCCCACCGUCAUUACAGUGAUGUGACCACGUCGUCUGAAACUGGGGCGCCGGGUCUCUUGGACACCGAAUCCGUGCGUCCUUUCGUCCGCGAAAUGCCUCACGAGGACUCGCACGCAGCCCGCAGACGCGCAGACACGUCCACGUCCGACACCAACCCUCCAUUGCCCCGUCCAUCACUGCACACACGGUACGCAGCGAGCGUCGAACCCGGGCCCCGGGACUCGGAUCUCGAUAGCAGCCCGGGGCCGUCUCCUACCACGCGGACUCACUCUACCCAGUCUGGCCGCGAGGCGCUCCCAGCGGGACCUCAUCCCCGCGGCCGAUAA